UGUAAAUUACAAACAACAUGGCGACAACUCGGUGGGUUCUCCUCGAAUCAGUUGUAAUAGUAACAUUUUUCAUUAGUUCACAAGUGGAAUUAACUUUUUCUGAAGGAGUAGCCUACAGUCUGUAUAACAGUGAGCCAGACUUAGAUUCUGUGAUAUCGUUUGGACAACACCAUAACCUAUACAAAAGACAGAGUGGUAAUAGCAGCGGCUCUACAACACAGUCAGCCACCACUACAAUAAAAAGUCCCACAACACCACUACCGACCACCACAAAGGAACCGACCACCACACCUAAUUAUACCGAACAAAAGCUUAGCCAACAUCAUAAAUAUUACACCUCCAAGAUAAUAACUACAACUGCUGAAUUCCCUAAAUACUGGACAGAGCUUUACGAUGUCAAACAUAGUGAACCAUUAUCAGGGAGUCAUAGGGUAGCCGUGAGUGUACCAAUCAACUUUAAAUUCAAAUUUUAUGGUCAUGAAGUUUCAAAAGUCACCAUAGCCACUGGAGGUUUCCUUUACAUGAGUCCAUUUCUGCACCAAUGGCUGACUGCCACACAAUACAUAGCACCAUUGAUGGCAAACUUUGAUACCUCAAUGAAUAACGAUUCCAUUAUUCUCUAUAAAGAUUUUGGUGAUAAGUUUGUUGUCGAAUGGCAGCGUGUUUUCCUCCAAGACCAAAAUCACACCAAUCCUUUUUCAUUCCAAACAACACUUCAUAGUAAUGGAACCAUAUAUUUUGCAUACAGAGACGUACCUGUCGAGGUAUUUAAUAUUGAAGUGAAAAAUCACCCUGUGAAAGUGGGUGUGUCUGACGCUUUCUACAUCGACACAAUACAAGGAGUAAAAAGUAAAAAUGAGUCUCACCAUCGAUACUCUGAUACCAACGAAGGUGUACAGAGAAGAACAAUAUAUGAGUAUCAUCGAGUGGAAGUUGACUUUAAGCGUGUACGUUCUCAAUCGGUGGUUAUAUUGGAACCAUUAGCAACUUGUAAUAUUGCCAAAGACUGUAACACUUGUUUAACUCAGGAUGAUUCGUUUGAUUGUAAAUGGUGUCCUCAGGUCAGCAGAUGUUCAGAUGGCAUUGAUUGGCUGAGACAAGAAUGGCGGGAUAGGGGAUGUGAAAUACAGGCAUUCGACAACCCAGCUAAGUGCGCUCCACCUACAACAGAAUCACCUACAACCAAAUCACAAACAGACAUACCAACAAAAUCUAACACAACUACCAUGGCACCUAAACCUUCAAUAAGUACACUUAAACCUACCACAAGUAUACCUAAACUCAGUACAUUUAAACCCAACACCACAAGUACACUUAAACCCAACAGUACAGCAAAACUCGCAAGUACACCUAAACCCACCACAAAUACACCUAAACCUACCAUCACAAGUACACCUGUACCCACCACAAGUACACCUAAACCCACCACAAGUACACCUGUACCCACCACAAGUACACCUGUACCCACCACAAGUACACCUAAACCCACCACAAGUACACCUGUACCCACCACAAGUACACCUGUACCACAAUCAACAUUGGUUGCUCCUCAGAAGAAUGGGGAUGGAUGCAUGCCAGGGUCCAGCAGGAGUAACUGUUCUUACAAAGGAGCCCAGAAAAGUAGUGACAGUGCCACAAUAGCUGGCGUGGUGGUUGCGGUGAUUAUACUUGUGGCGUUAGUGGUAGGAAUUGGAGGCUGGUUUUUCUAUGCUUACACUCAUCCCACAUCAGCCUCAGGUCAAUGGAUGAUAAAUCAUCGCCCAAGUGAAAUGAAAGCCAAGAUGAGUAAAAUGAAAUUCUGGAAAAAAGACACUGGAUCAGGGGAGAAAUAUCGUGUAGAAUCUCAGGCCUAGGGGAAAAAAUAAAUUACAAAAGAUGUGAACAUUUGCUCAUCAAAAUAUGAAAUUAUUUUUUUCAUUUAUUUAUGAUUUGUCCAACCAGAACAUGUUUUGGUUUGGCAUGUAUAUUAUUUGUAGUAUCUUAUAAAUCUGUAUUUUUUCAAGGUAUAGGUAGGCAGUUAUUAAUUAAUCAAAUAUUUUCAUUUUUGUUGAGCAAAUUGGCUACAAGACUGUGAUAUCUAACUAAGGAUUCCUUCGCUUCAAUGUGUUUUAAAUCUCUUAGAAGGGCAUAAAACAAAGAAAAAGCAUCAUUUUUUAAAUGGAUUCAUAGACCAUCUUAGUGUCUGUAUUUUAAUUAAAGAAUUGUGUCAAUCCAGCUAGAGUAGCCAAAGAGACCUGGGAACCUACUGGACUGAGGGAAUGCCUUAUGAGAGGUUUUAUAUCUGUUUUGUCAUUCUUUUCUCCCAUGAUGCCUUAAAAGACUUAUAUGGGAAGUGCAGGAUGCUGUAUCGCAACUUCUGAUGGGUUUUUUUGGUGCAUUGUUAUUUGUCAGUGGGAUACUUCAUGAGAAUGGGGCAAGGGAAAGUGUUUUCUUUUCCCACAGAACUUGUGCAGUCAUUUUAAUCUUGCUUGCAGAGCUGAAAGGAAAUUGCAAUUUUUGAAUGCUGGGUAGAAUUGAAAUUGUCUACUCAUUGAUUCUGAAUUCUGCUGCAAAUUUUGACUCUGAAACAUUUUAUUUAAGGUACACAAGGAUAAAUAUCAAAAUAGCUUUUUAAAUCAAUUUCCUAGAAUUUAUUGUAAUGUGGAGUAUGAAAUAUACACCAAGAUGAUGUGUAAAUUUAAUUGUACAACUUACUGAAGUCACGUUAUGUAGGAAAGUAUUGAAUUUUUGACAAAACAUGUAAGUUAUAUUUUUUAUGGUUAUACCUCUACAGAUUUUUCACUACCUAAGAUUGAAUUGAUAUAUUUUCCCGAUUUCCUUAAAAUCACUGUAAGAAAACUGAUUACCUACAAAAAGGUGCAUCAGUUUGAUGAACUAUUUAGAACACCUAGCAGUUUCUUUUAAUCUAAUGAAAAGUUCUGAUAUGUUCCAAAUAAAAUUAUGAAUAUUCAUUAUGCAACACAGUUAAAGUUACAUUCAAGUAGGUGGGGCCUGAUUGGUAUGGAAAAUGAGUAGCAUGUCAUUGUGAUGUCAUAGUGGUAAAAUUUGAGAGGUGGAAUACAUAAGCUUUUCAGAGUAAAAAUUGUGUUUUAAUGAAAAAGAAUGUUUUUUGCAAUAUAACAUUUGUCCGAUAUUGGUAAAAGUCUUAAAAGAGAAUGUAUUUUUAUCACAAAAAAUACUGACAUUUCCUUUUGGAAUACAAUUGCAAUUUUGAGUUAUGGGGUAACUGGUCUAAUUUUAGUAUUGGUAUAAUUGAACAGUCAAAAUGUAUUAUUGAAUAUAGUUGAUAAAAUACAUCGCCUCAGGAAAUAGGCUAGCUCUUGGGGGAAAACUGGAAUCUUACUGACUCCCUCAGUGACAUUCUUAACUACUUAAAGUCAUGCUGAAAAAUGAUUUAUGCUUUGAAAUAUUCCAAGCUCUACUGGAGGAUGACAAUGCACUAAAAAACAGAUGUUGUAUACAUUACGAUGUAAGCCAUGACCAUACUACAUAUCAUGUUGAUUUUUAUACAAUUUUGUCCAAGAAUUCCACUGAAUAUUAUCAUUUUAUUUCUUUUCGUGUAGUUCUGCAAAUUCUGCUCGAUUAACAGUCGGAUAUUAGGAGAGAUUUGUCAUUGUAAUUUUGUGUUGUAUUUCAAAAACACACUUUGUUACCAUUGACUGCAUGGACAGGUUUACUUCAUCUUAUUUCUGAUUGGUUGUUUCAUACUAUGAUGAUGUACAUGUGGAAUCAUCUUUCAUUUUCCCACCUCUCUUUAGUAAAUUUAAGUAGAAUUUACCAGUUGUGUGUUUAGCUUGUACUUACGAGAUAUUUUCAGAAUGAACCUGUAUCCUUUGUAGAUACAAGUUCAUACUCGCUACAGAUUCUAGCUUAAAAUACUGUUGUAAAUGAAUCUUUUGUAACAUUAGAGAGCUCACUACAUAUCUCAUACAAUGUGAUAUGACUUAGCAUUUAUCUUUUUUGAACAAUGCGAACAUUUUUAAUUUGUUGUUUUUAAUUUUCAUUUAAAUAUCCUGCCUGAAAAUAUAAGACACGACCACCAAAAAGACCACCAAAAAAAAAUUAUCAUCUCAUAUACUUUAUAGCAAUGGAAUUUUUGUUCUGCUUGUUAAAGCAUGAAUCUCUUUCCCAGCUUAUUUUGUUACUUUUAUUUUUUUUCAGUGCAAUUGAUAAUGUUCAGUGUGAUUAAUAUUUUAAUAAUUUUGCAUGAUUAGGUACACUUAUUAAUUAAUAUUCUGCAUUAUUUAUGUAAAUCAGUCAAACUGACAAUCUGACUUCAUAUUUAUGCAAAUUAAAAAAAAAAUAUUCAUAAAAGAUUAUUUCAGAUCUUAGAUUUGGGUUUCAGAUUUUUAGU